AUGGCUGCCGUCGAGGUUUUAGGUUUAGGAUAUGGCGGAAUCCGCCCAAGGAGCCCUUUUGGAUUGCAUCCGGCCACGACCCAGCCUUGGACGACUGGGUGGGAUGAGGAGGAUACCCGGAUAAGGCUGAGGCUCCUGGCGCGCGCAUGGGUUGCAUCGCGAGCUCCCAAGUCUUACGGACAGGACGCAGCAUGCUCGAGAGUGGGCAUAUAUCCGGAUUUGGCAUCUACGUGGCGCUGCAGACGGGCCUACGAGCCACUGAAGCCUCCCAUUCCAGCUCCGGCUUCUGUUCGAGAAUGCCCGUCCAAAUCCCCUCAUACCUCCCAGCCGAGUGACGACGCUCCCAACUUGCACGAUACCGAGACCCUCGCCCGUCGUAACCCUCCGAAUCCUACUGAUAUUCCUAUUAGCGCCUCCGCCCAGCCCCGAAGGAACGAAGAUACCCCAUCCUGGUUUAAUGACCCCGCCAUGAAUCCCCGCGUUGACUUCCAGUCGCAGGACGGAUUCCAGCAGGCGGCAAAGAAGGGCAAGAAGGCAGCCAAAGCUGCGGCGAAGUCUAAGUGGGGAGAUGACGACGAAGAUAAUGGAAGCAAGAAAGAGGACGGCGAAGGAGGGGAUGGGGGCGACAAAGGUUCAGGGGACACUGGUGCUGGCGCUGGUGAUAAUGGCGAUGGCGAUAAGAAGGAUGAGCUAAACGGCAACGGCGAUGGGGCGGGGGACACCAAGCCUGAAGAUGACUGGGAUAGCUUCAUGCCAGCCAAAGGAAAGAAGAAGGGUAAGAAGAACAACAAGGUGGAGGAGCCUCCCGCUCCCCCUGCGGAAGAGAAGUUCGAUGCUUUCCAUGAAAUUAAAUUGGAUGAUACUGCACCGAUGCUGGACCUGAAUUUCGACAGUGGUCCUGCAGGUAAGUCUGGCACGUCAGGCUUUGGCGCGUGGGGCAGUAGUUGGAAUACAGGAACCACAAACACCUGGGACUUCUCUGCCACAGCGGCCACAGAUUCCAAAACAAAGGAGCCUGAGAUCGAAAGCAAUCCAUGGAGUGCCAAUGGCGGGAAAUCGAAGAAGAAGAAGAAUUCGGGUAUUUCUUUUGGGGCUCUUGAUGAAGAGGAAAAGCCGGCGGAACCUGAUCCCCAAGUGGACAAAAAGGCUGAAGAAGACGCAUUCGACUUCGGCUUUACAGCCCCUGUAUCCAAGAAAGACAAGAAGAAGAAGAAGGGAGCAUUUGCAGAACCCGAAGAAACUAAAGUAGAACCUACGCCAGCCGUCGACGAGGGCGCAGCUGAAGACGACUGGGGGGGGUGGGGUACUGCUAAGUCGAACAAGAAGGGAAAGAAAUCUGACCCAGAUCCACCGAAUACCGAACCGAAAUUGGUAGAUCCCACCCCCGUAGACGAUGAAUGGGCUUUUGGGUCUUCUAAGAAGGACAAGAAGAAGAAGAAAAAUGCGGUCGAGGAGCUCCCCAUAGUCGAGGAACCCCCGCCACCUGAACCCGAACCUGAGCCCGUAGCUGACGACGGAUGGGGCACUUUUGGGACUGGUAAGAAAGACAAAAAGAAGAAGAAGGGUGGGGCUGUGGAACUCCCCAAGGUCGAGGAACCGCCACCACCUGAACCUGAGCCUGAGCCCGUAGCUGAUGACGGGUGGGGUUCUUUUGGAACUUCAAAGAAGGACAAGAAGAAAAAGAAAGGCGUGGUUGAAGAACCACCGCCACCGCCCGAGCCUGAACCUGAACCUGAACCGGCAGCCGAUGACGGAUGGGGUUCUUUUGGAACUUCAAAGAAGGAGAAGAAGAAGAAGAAGGGCGCGGUUGAGGAUCCACCCAAAGUUGAAGAACCACCGCCUGAGCCUGAACCCGAACCCGUAGUUGAUGAAGGGUGGGGUUCUUUUUCAACUUCGAAGAAUAAGAAGAAGAAAGGGAAGAACGUGUUCGAGGAACCACUUAAGGUUGAAGAACCGCCGCCGCCACCACCACCUGAGCCUGAACCCGUAAUUGAUGGCGGAUGGGGUUCUAUUGGAACUUCGAAAAAAGAUAAGAAGAAGAAGAAAGGCGUGGUUGAGGAUCCACCCAAAGUUGAAGAACCACCGCCUGAGCCUGAACCCGAGCCCGUAGUUGAUGAAGGGUGGGGUUCUUUUUCAACUUCGAAGAAGGAUAAGAAGAAGAAAGGGAAGAACGUGAUCGAGGAACCACCCAAGGUUGAAGAACCGCCGCCGCCACCACCGCCUGAACCUGAACCUGAACCUGAACCCGUACUUGAUGACGGAUGGGGUUUUGGAACUUCGAAAAAAGAUAAGAAGAAAAAGGGGAAAGCCAGCAGUACAGAACCCCCUAAGCCUGAAGAACCGCCUGCUCCCGAGCCAGAGAUACAACCAGUAGUAGACGAUUUUGGGUGGGGAACCUCGAAGAAAGACAAAAAGAAGAAGGGAAAAAAUGUUGUCGAGGAACCUGCCAAAAUUGAAGAGGUCGUAAUUCCGGACCCAGAACCCGAGCCCGAACCGGUCGUUGAUGACGGAUGGGGUUUUGGAACUUCGAAAAAGGACAAAAAAAAGAAGGUCAAGAACGUGGUCGAGGAACCCCCGCCACCUGAACCCGAACCUGAACCCGCAACUGAUGAUUUUGGUUGGGGCUCUGUGGGGACAAAGCAGGAUAAAAAGAAGAAAGGCAAAGGCAUUGUUGAAGAUCCUGCCCCGGAGCCAGAUAAGCCUCUUGAAGAUGACACGAGCUUUGGGACCUGGGGCUCCACUAAAAAGGACAAGAAGAAGGGUGGGAAGUCUAAAGAGAUGUCUCCUCCGCCUACCGAGCCGGCUCCCAUAUUCGAGGCGAUCGAGCAACCUGAAAACGACGAUUGGAUGGAUUGGGGCCAAAAGAAGGAUAAGAAACAGACAAAGGGCUCGAAAGCUCUGUUCGAUGUUGGCGCGGAAGAACCCGAACCUACCGUUCCUGAAGUUGCUGCGGACGAUGACUUUAUGGGUGGCUGGGGCUCUACGAAGAAGGACAAAAAGAAAAAGGGCCUGUUCGAUGUGGACUCGAUCAAACCCGAUGCGGUCGAAGAGCCAAAAGCCGAUGAUCCUUGGGCCACCCCCUCUUCGAAAAAGGAUAAGAAGAAAGGUAAAGGCAAGAAUGCCGUAAUAGAGGUAGUCGAUGAAACCCCAGCUCCUGAGCCUGAUCCAGUUGUAGAUACUAAGGCUGCCGGCGACGAUUGGGGAGCGUGGCCCACAACGUCUACCAAAAAGGAUAAGAAAGGGAAAUCAAAGAAAACUGACGACUUACCUCCUCCCGCCCCGACACCACCGUCCAUGGAUCUCACCGAACCGGAACCAGAUCCUUGGGAUUGUGAAACGACUGCAAAAAGUUCCAAGUCGAAGGAUGAAGAAGCCCCACCCACUCGGAAGCUUACUAAGAAGGAGCAAAAGGAGGCCGAGAAGGCGAAGAAGAAGGCGGACAAGGAGGAGGCUGAUGCCAAAGCUGCCGAAGCAAAAGAGGCUGAAGAGAGAGCCCAGGCUGAAGAAGCGGAAGCUAAGGCUAGAGAGGAGGCCGAGGCACUGGCGAAAGAGGCGAAAGAGGCCAAAGCAUCAAAGCCAAAGUUGACGAAGCGGGAACAGAAGAAGGCAGACGAGGCGGCGGCUAAGCAGAAGGCGGCGGAUGAAGCUGCUGCUGCAGCCAAAGAAGCUGAGGAACAGGCGGAGCGAGAGAGAGCAGAGGAGGAGGAAGCGGCUCGUGCAAAGGAAGCAGAAGAGCAAGCAGCGCGAGAUAAGGAGCUGCUGGGUUCUAAGAAGUCCAAAAAGGACUCAAAGACCUCGAAGUUGAAGAAGGGGGCUAAAGGCGCCCCGGAGCCGGAGCCGGAACCCGAACCCGAGCCGGAGCCGGAACCAUUAAUUGACAUCGACCCGCCCGCCGACACGUCUGAAGCAUUUAGUUUCUGGGGCGCAACGAAGAAAACAAGCAAGUCCAAGACGAGCAAGGGGCUGGCGCGAGACGAGAUUGCGAUGGCGGGUGCUGACAAAGCGAAGCUUCCAGAAGCCGCUACCAGCUCUAAGGACACGACUGCAUCUUGGAAGCCUGCUGCUGUCGCCGCAACGACUGCUGCAGCUGCAGCGUCCAUGAGGGCUUCGGUCGUGACCAAGAAGCCCGUUGGCGGAAAGAUUGCUGACCGAUUGAAGGCCUUUGAGACACCGAAGGAGGCAGAAGCUGUCCCGCCACCGCCGCCGCCCCCUCCAUCACCCCCGCCUAAAGAGGAUAAAAAGAAAUCUAAAUCGCAAACCUCCAAAGCCAAAGACAAGAGCGCUGCCAGCGAAAAAGCUGCGUUGCCUAGUAAGACUGCGACAGCUAAAGCUGUACCCGGGAGUUUCCCCACUGAUAUCGUCGACGACGACACAGCGGACGAGGAGAUGCCUGCUGCAGCCAAGCCCAAGAGCAAGAGCAAGUCCUCUAAGGCCAAGGAGCCUACGAAGGAGAAAGUUGUGCCUAUUAGUCCCCCAACCCCGCCUCCAGAACCCAAGUCAUCUAAGAAAGAACGGCCACGGGUUGUUCGCGAUGGGUCUUCUUGGGGUGCAUGGGGCGCUGCCCCGCGCAAAGACGAGAAGAAGCCCUCCAAAGACCGGAAAUCUGACAGCGCACCUACGCCUGUCAAGGAGGAGAAGAAAUCUAAGGAUGGAGAAGUAAAGCGCGCAAAAUCAUCGAAAAGGUCAACAGAAAAGGAAGAAAAGAGCUCAUCUAAAGACUCUUCGUCAGACAAGGCAGAUCGGCCGCCGAAGUCGAGAGGACUUUCAAGCAUGUUCAGCAGCGCACCGCCCCUCUCAAGGUCUAAAUCUGUCUCGGAUAGGCGACCGAGUGCAAGUGGUCGAACCAGUUCCCGGCGGCAGUCUGUGGUCAUCGAUGGCUCGGGUAUCCCAUCUCCACCGCCAGAGAUAUCCGCAAAAGCCGCAAAGAUGCUUGGUAUCAAACCCGGAAAACUGUCCAGGAGCAAAUCCGAGAAACAGAGCAAAUCACGUGGUCUGCUUGAUGAUGAUGAUGAUGAUAUUGUAAUGGUCGGAGGCAGUGAAGAUCAAGCCAGUCCGGAACGAUCCAGCCGUGACCGGAAAAGAAAAUCGAAGGUAAUUUCAGACCCAAUUUACACAAGCGCCCCGCCACCGGCGGUACCAAUGCCACCCCGAGCCGCCGACUUACCAUAUCGAAGAAGAGGGGUGCCAUUUGAAGUGGAGUCAAGCGCUAACACCAGAAAAUUUAAGCAGGCGAAACAAGAAGAUGAUAUCGUUAUGGUUGAUGCCGGAGGCCCUUCAGAGAAUUUGGGCUCCACUGGACUGAAAAGGUCUGACUCGAGGGCGAAGAAGGGUGCUGGACUCGGUGGGAUGUUUGGUGGAUUGCUCUCAAAAUCACGACCUGAUAACAAACGCCGCAGCACUGCUCUCACUGAUGAUGAAGGUCCCCGAGGCCUCAGACGCGAGGAUCGGAAAAUCAAGCGGCCUGCAGUGGAUCGUUCAGGUGGCGAUGUCACGGAUCGCGACGUAACAAUGUCUGGCGGAGCUGCAGAGGAAGAUCAGGAAGCCCGAAGAGCAGCUAGGCGGACAAGGCGAGCCGAGCGAGAGGCUUCUGAAAAAGCAGCCGAGGAUGCUCGAAGAGCAAAGGAGGAGGAAAGGCGAGAGCGUCGGAAGAAAGAAGAGGAGCAGCUCGAAGUUCGCCGGCAACGGGAGAAGGAGGCAAGACGCGCAGCCCGGCGGGAGCAGAAAGCCCAGGAGGAAGCUGCCCGGCAGGCUGCAGAAGAAAAGGAGGCGACUCGGGAAGAGCGGCGUCGGGCUAGGAGGGCCGAAAAGGAGGCUGCGUACACCGACGCUGAACCUCCGGCAGAAGAUCCAGGGCGACUCAAGAAGUCAAGUCGGAGAAGGUCACAUAUUGAUACGCCAGCCGAGGAUAGUGAAGAACGCCGGCGGAGGCGCCAAGAACGACGUUCUAUGCGUUCUGGGGACAGCCCAAGAACUAGUCGCCGCAAAUCGGCCCCUGUUGUAGAUGACUAUUUCGAUCCUCGAAACGGAAGCAAAUCUCGUCGUACGGAUGAUGAGUUCAUGGCGGCAGACGGUCCGGUUUAUCAGGACUCCAAGCGCAAGAAGGCUGGCUGGCCACAUUCCGGGACAGAUUCGUGGGUGAAAGAUCAUUCUGAUGCUCCGCCACCACCUGAGGACACCCCAUCCGCGGAAGGAGCUGGAGAUGGUGGAAUGACUGAUGACAACGCAAGAAGAUCGAGGAAGUCGCAUCGACGUUCGAAGCAUGACGACGACGAUCCGGAAGAACGGAGACGGAGACGCGAGUCGCGCCGGAUGGACAAGGAAGUCGGCAAGAGCACGGAAGGUAGUCAAGGUGAUGGGCGGCGAUCUAGUCGUAGAGACUCUGGCUUUGUCGAUACGACUCCUUCUAGGGGUGCUAGCGCCACUGGAGGGCUAUUUAGUCGAUGGAAGAAGAUUGCUGGAGUUUAG